UUACUGAGUUGCUUAGUCAUGUCUGGUCGCGGUAAGGGAGGCAAGGGGCUGGGGAAAGGGGGUGCCAAGCGGCACAGGAAGGUGCUGCGGGAUAACAUCCAGGGCAUCACUAAGCCUGCCAUCCGCCGCUUGGCUCGGCGUGGGGGUGUGAAGCGAAUCUCGGGGCUGAUCUAUGAGGAGACCCGCGGAGUGCUGAAGGUGUUUUUGGAGAACGUGAUCCGGGACGCCGUCACUUACACGGAGCACGCCAAGAGGAAGACUGUCACGGCCAUGGACGUGGUGUAUGCUCUCAAGCGCCAGGGCCGCACUCUCUACGGCUUUGGCGGCUAAUCGUGCCUGCGGGUAUUGUGUGUGUGCGCGCACCGUACCCUGCUGCUUCCCCAAAGGCCCUUUUCAGGGCCGCCCA